AUGACGGAAGGCGAUUACAAGAAAGUUCCAUUGGACGAAAAACCUGAAAAGCACGCCGCUGAACUACACUAUGGGUACGGAGUACGUCAUGUGCAAGCUUUCCUCAUGUUCUUCAGCUUGACUAUUGGAUAUAUGGCCCGAGCACACUUGGGGGUGACGAUAGUUGCCAUGACUGAUACACACGAGGCAGUCAAUAGAACAAACCCUAUAGUCCAAGGAUACAACAAUGUCACUGCUAACGAUACAACCUAUGAUAAUAUGUAUAUACUUUCAAGAAACUCCACAGAGGAUUGUGGAAGCCAAUGCAAGCAGAACUUUACAGAUAUUACUGAGAAUAAACGGGUAGCACACAAUACAUACAGCUGGCCGAAAUCGAUACAGGAGAUGGUACUAGGGGCAUUUUUCGUCGGCUACGGCACGAUGAUGUUCCCCAUUGGGCUUGUGUGCCAGAAGUGGGGAGGGAAGGUGCCCCUCCAGAUUGCCCUGGCAGUGAACGGCGUGGUUUCCAUACUAACGCCGUGGCUCACAGCCUGGGGAAACUGGAAGGUGCUAUGCGCGUGUCGCGUUCUUCAAGGGCUGUCGCAGUCCGGCUUUUACCCUGGCAUCCACACCCUAUUAGCCCAGUGGGUACCUCUGAGCGAACGGGGAAGCUUGAGCAGCAUAGUGUACACAGGGACAUUACUUGGAACGGUGGCCGCAUUCCAAGUUGGCGGCAUCCUCGGCGCUAGUGCGUGGGGCUGGCCGUCCACAUUCUGGGUGACAGGCUUGAUGUGUCUCAUCGCCUUCGCGAUGCUCUCGAUCUUCGGUGCGUCAUCGCCGUCCAACCAUAAACGCAUCUCCGAAAACGAGAAGAACUUCAUCCUCGGCCGGAUAGACGACGGCGUGAAAAGGAAGCCGAAAAUGCCUUGGAAAGCCGUCCUGUCCUCUAAACAUGUGUGGGCGUCAUUCGCAGCCCACAUGGGCAGCGGUGUCGCGUUCGUUUUCUUCUUCACGCAAGUGCCUACUUACAUGCAUGCCAUUCUGAAAGUUAACAUCAAAAGCAGUGGUCUGCUGUCGUCGCUGCCCUACGUGGCGUCGUUUUUCUCGACGAUGCUCAACGGAUACCUAUCGGACUUCCUGACAAACAGGAAAAUCGUUUCAAUUAGGACUGCGAGAGUCAUGUCUAAUUCAAUUGCGUGCGUGGUGCCAGCUAUGUGCGUGGCAGCCGUCUCUUUCACUACCAAUGUCACCUUGGCUGUUGCGUUCUUCGUGGUGUCAAUGAUGGCGUUCGGCAUGAUCCACACCGGAUGGAUGGUGAAUUAUAUGGAUCUUGCCCCGAAUUUUAGCGGAGGACUGAUGGCCAUUGGAAAUACGAUAACUAACAUUUUCGUAAUGCUUCUACCUAUCUUGGUUUCCCGAAUUGUGAUUGAUGUCGCCGACGCGUAUCAAUGGCGGAUUAUGAUGUUUUUCAUGGCCGGACUACUUUUAGUUACGAACACGAUUUUCGUAAUAUUCAUGUCCUCGAAGACGCAAGCGUGGAACGAGGAAAACGAGGAGAAAGAAGAUGAUAUGAAAUCC